AUUCCAAGAGUGUGUGAAGAGCUCUUCCAAGCUAUUAAGAUGCAAAAAGAAAACAUAGAACUCCGGGUCAUGUUUAGCAUGCUGGAAAUCUACAAUGAACAGAUAAGAGAUUUGCUAUCUAGAACCAAGACUCCCGGAGGGUUGAAAGUCAGGGAAGAUCCACAGCUGGGCUUUUUUGUGGAAGGUCUGAAGUGGGUGCCUUGUGAGAAUUAUGCACAGAUUGAAAAGCUGAUGGAGCAGGGAUCAAAAAUCAGGAUGACAGCUUCGACCAACAUGAAUGCCUGCAGCAGCCGGUCCCACAUGGUCAUCACCAUCCAGUUCAAGCAGAUUUUCCUGGACACAGCCCUCACCAAGCAAUCCAGCAUCAACAUGGUGGACUUGGCAGGAAGUGAGAGGCAGAAAUCAUCAGGAGCUGAAGGAGACCGGCUGAGGGAAGGAUCGAGGGUCAAUUUAAGCCUAACCAGUUUAGGAAACGUCAUCAGUGCUCUGGCUGACUCCGCCAUGGGGAAGAAAGUUCUGCAUAUUCCCUACAGAGAUUCUGUUCUGACCAAACUGCUCCAGUCGGCUCUGGGCGGGAACAGCCGGACAACACUGAUUGCCGCCAUAAGCCCAGCUGAUAUCUGCUAUGAGGAGACCUUGUCGACGCUGAGAUACGCCGAGAGGGCUAAAAAGGUUCAGAACAAAGCUGUGGUCAACACCUGCCUGCUGGGGAGAGCGUCCAGGGCUGAGAACAAGUUCCUGCUCGGAUUCUGGGGCACCAGAGCGGCAGAACACUCAGCUGGUCUCCUGGCAGAAUGGCAGCUGGGGAUUCGGGGAACCUGGGCCCACCUGCUGGAGCAGGCAUGGAAGGAAUGGGAGGAGCAGUACUCGGCUCUCACGAAGGAGCAGCAGAUGAUGAAGGCUCUCCCACACCUUCUCAACGUCAACGAGGACCCGCAGCUCACAGGGGUCCUCAAGUUCUUCAUUCACAAAGGCUCCUGUGAUGUUGGUCGGGCAGCUUCAAGUGCUAUUCGUCUUCAAGGCCUGGGGAUUUCAGAUAAGCAUGCUUCCUUCGUGAACCUGGAUGGUAAAGUGACAGUCGCUCCACACGGCAAGUGCAAGGUUGUUGUUAAUGGGGUACCUGUCACCAACAGGACAAAGCUGCAGCAUCUGGACCGCAUCAUCUUGGGAUCCAACAGUGCCUUCCUCUACAUCGGGUUUCCCUCCGAGCGAGGUGGUGAAGAUUGGAGCAGAUUCGACUACGACUUUUUCCAGCUGGAGCGGGCAGCCGCUGAGGGAGUGAGUGUGGACAUGCUUGGUACUGGGAGCCCUGGAGAUGGCCAAGCCGAGCCCAGUGUCUUAGCUGUGUUCCAGGACUACAUCAAACUCCUGCCGCUGGUUGUGGAAGCAAACCAGAUGAGUGAGGAGCUAGAGAAGGGGCUUAAAAUGGAAUUGAAGGUGAAGAAUUUGGCAUCGUCAGAUUCCAGGGGCUACGACCUCCAGAAAGAGGUCAUGGUGAAGGUGACCAAGCCGAGGACUCACGAGGUAUGGAUUUGGUCAAAGGCCAAGUUUAUCAAUCGGAAAUUCCUGAUGGAGGAACUUUACCAGCGCUUUCUAGAGAGGGAAGCCAGCCAGGUGGCUCAGGAAGACGACCCUUUCUGGGACCCUGUGGAGGUUGUCCACUUGGGCUCGGCACACAUCUGGCUGCAGUCCCUGGCUUACUGCAUGAUGCUGGAGGAGCAGGUGGAGGUUCUGAACUGUGACGGGCUGCAGGAGUCAGUACUGCACAUCCGCAUCACACCCUGCUCCCCGGAGGGAUGGGCACACAGUGAAGAGGACAUGGUUAUUGACCCGCUGGAGCUACUGGGCAAGAGGAUUGACUUCCAGAUUCACAUCGUCGGGUGUCUUGGUGUCAAAUGGCUAAAGGAAGAUGCAAACCGGGGCAUUCAGAUGGGGUACAAAGUUUAUGAUCUCCCAAACACUCUGUAUACCAAGCCUGUGUGGACAAAAAGCGUGAAUCCCCGAAUUGAAGAGACCGUCCACAUCGUAGCCUUGAGCGCAUCUCGAGAGUUUCUGGAGUACUUACUGACGAAUGCGCUUAUCGUUGAUUUGUGGGGCCUCCAAGAAGGCUGUGCCGAGUUAGGCGUCUCUCAACUGGACAUCCUGCUCCCAGGUGAAGGCCACAUCAUGGUAGAUACCAAGAAAUUGUCCAGUGUGAAGAAUGUGAACCAGAUCAUGUCAAACCAGGUGCCAGAAAUUUAUCAGACGCUGCUCAAGUUAGAGCAGGAGACGGAGCUGCUCAGAGGUGUUAACAGAGCCCUCAGAGAAGAAAACGUGUCUCUCAAGGCAUCACUGGAAAAAACUGGUUCUGCUCAACAGGCCCAGAGGCCAGAUGAUCCAAAGAGAGCUGGGGUGAGGGCACAGCUGCCUGCAGCCAGAGAGGCUACACAGAUGUGUGCUCAGCAAGCCAGCUGUGACGCACAGCUGGCCAGAGCUCUGAAGGUAUUCUAUCAAGGCAUGAGCGUGGCCAGAGGACAGCUCCUCAGACUGAGGCAGUGCAGGCCUCCGGAAGAUGAUGAAAUGCUUCGACCUUUUGUGCACCAACAGUCACUGAUGCUCAAAGAUUUGGAAGACCUGCUUGAAUCCAGCUUACAGAAGCUGAAAAAUGAUGUUGCUGUCAUAGUGAAGAAGAAGAAAGAGUAUCUACUGCAUACCCAACAGUGAAGAUGAACAAGCUGAAAACAUGCUCCGAGUUAAUGACUUCAUUGACUCACAUAAUUGCGUCUACUAUUUUUAGGUAAGAUGCCUCCACUUGCCUCUUUUCUGACAAGACCUUGCUAUGUGGACCAAACUGGCCUUAUCUUGCCUUUGUAUCCCCAGACCCAC